AUGUCAAAACCUGCUCAACUCACGGCGUUUGGGUACGCUUUGGCAGGGGCUCUGGGCGGAUGCUUCAGUAACGCGCUCAUUUAUCCUCUAGAUACCGUCAAGACGCGCAUACAGGCAGCCACAGCAGAUGGCACCUCAGCAGACAAGCUGAGCAUAGUCGGCGUUCUCUCGCGCAUCCUGCGCGAGGACGGCUUCACGGGCUACUAUAGAGGCUUCACGGCUACGAUGCUCAACACCUUCUCCAUGCAGUACGCGUACUUCUUCUUCUACUCGUUCGUCCGCACCUCCUACCUCAAGCGCCUCGCCGCGCGCCGACCUGCGGGGAGCCCGCCCCCCGUGCUCGGCACCGCGGCGGAGCUCGUGUUGGGAGCCCUCGCCGGCGCGCUCGCCCAGAUCUUCACCAUCCCCGUCUCGGUCAUCGCGACGCGCCAGCAGAUCGGGCGCUCCUUCGACCGCCCGAAGAGGGUUUCCUCCUCUGCGAAGGGCAAGGGCAAGGCCACCGCCGAGGACGCGGAGGAAGAAGCAGAAGAAGCAGAGGAGCCGUACGACGACUCGUUCCUCGGGGUCGCGCGCGAGAUCAUCGCGGAGGAAGGCGUGGGCGGCCUCUGGCUCGGGAUCCGCCCCGGGCUCGUGCUCACCGUGAACCCGGCGAUCACGUACGGGAUGUUCGAGCGCGUGAAGAGCCUGACGCUCGCCGCGCGCGGGGUCGCGGACCCGAACGCGAGGAUGUCGCCCGGGAUGUCGUUCAUGGUCGGCGCGCUCUCGAAGGCGCUCGCCACCGUGGUGACGUACCCGUAUAUCAUGGCGAAGGUGCGCAUCCAGGCGCGCACGGCGGACAUCGAGGACGCCGAGGUCGCGCACGAGCCCCUGCCGAAGCACAACGCGCCGCACCACAAGAAGCACGCGCACGUCGGCGCGCUGACCGUGCUUGCGCGCGUGUAUCGCAAGAAGGGCCUCGUCGGCUGGUACCAGGGCAUGAGCGCGCAGCUGAUCAAAGCGGUCAUAACGCAGGCACUGCUCUUCAUGUCCAAGGACCAGUUCGAGAAGUACGCGCUCGCGAUCAUGAUCAUGUUCUACCGCUUGCAGGGCGCGGCGCCAUAG